AUGGCGCCGCGAUUUCAAUACCGCGCCAGCCGCGAGCUUCAUGCUGUUGUUUUAGGAGCAGGUGGUGUUGGCAAAAGUUGCUUAACUGCACAAUUCGUUCACAAUGAGUGGAUUGAGAGUUAUGACCCUACAAUUGAAGAAUCAUAUCGUACCCAAAUACAGGUCGAUGGCCGACAAGUCGUAUUAGAAAUCUUGGAUACCGCUGGAACAGAACAAUUUGUGGCUAUGCGAGAUUUAUACAUGCGUAUGGGCCAAGGGUUUCUCCUAGUGUUCAGCAUUACGUCGCCGUCAUCGUUUAGUGAGCUUGAAGGCCUCCGCGAGGAAAUUAUCCGAAUUAAGGACGACGAAAAUAUCCCCAUGGUCAUUGUAGGGAACAAGGCCGAUUUGGAAGACUCUAGAACGGUACCCCGAGCCAAAGGUUUCACUAUAUCCCAAAAUUGGGGAGCGCCAUAUUACGAGUCUAGUGCUCGAACACACACAAAUGUGGACGAGGUAUUUGUUGAUCUGUGUCGACAAAUGCUGAGAAAGGACGACGAUUAUCUGAAUGUUGCCGAUAACGACGACGCUGCUUCGAAAUUCGACGUCAAAGGCGGAGGCGGUAAGCGCAAAAAGAGACUACGUCUGCGCGAUGCUACGCACCCAAAAUGCGUUAUUCUUUGA